AUGUUCUAUUCAGAGACGCUGCUGUCCAAAACGGGGCCGUUGGCCCGCGUCUGGCUGUCCGCCAACCUUGAACGAAAACUCUCGAAGUCUCAUAUUCUCCAGUCAGAUAUCGAAAGUAGUGUCAAUGCUAUCGUCGAUCAGGGUCAAGCACCCAUGGCGCUGCGUCUUAGCGGCCAGCUUCUGUUGGGAGUUGUGAGAAUAUACAGCCGCAAAACCAGGUAUCUCCUGGACGACUGUAACGAAGCUUUGAUGAAAAUUAAAAUGGCUUUUCGCCUAACUAAUAAUAACGAUCUUCCAACUGCUGCCCCACUGCCGGCUGGAGGAAUUACUCUACCGGACGUAUUAACGGAGUCGGAUCUCUUUAUGAAUUUGGACCCUUCCAUUCUAUUCACGCAACCAGUGCAGGUAGAACAGGAUCCAAAGAGACCCGCCUCGUCUCUCGGCUGGUCCAGCCAGUUACUCCCUGAUAGCACCCCUCAAACAGUCAGACCUGUUGAAAACCCACAUCUUGAAGAUGAUACCGGCUUAAUUUUGGAUCUCGGUGAAGACGAAGAUAUCCCGCUUGGCCAUGACACAAGCAUUGAAGUUGGUCGAGAGGCUCCAGCCCCACGCCCUGUCGGAGAAGAUUUGUUCAGCGAUGAUAACCGUUUAUAUGAUGGUGAUCUCAAUCUUGACCUUGGAGAGGACGGUGGCCCUCUUGGAAAGGCACCUGAUGCGGACAUUGCUCAGGACAUUGACAAUGCCAUUCAUAUGGACGAGGACCUGCCAAUGGGCGACAUUGACGGUGAACUCGGCAUGCCUAUCGAAGAAGACUCGACCAUUAUCCCCCCGCUUACCAGUGACUUUACCCGUGCUAGGUCAGGCUCAGAACUUUCAUCUGUGCGCUCUAGCGUGGUCCGUGAUUUGGAUGAAACAUUUGCGAACGAAGGAGCCAUUCGACAUCAUCAGAGAGUAAAACGAAGAAGAGUGAUCAUGCCAGACGCCGAUACAGUCCUCUCUAGCGCCCAGAUCAAAGAGCAACAGGAAGAUAGAUCAAGGAUCUUGAUAGCUGAAUCAAUUCUUCCCCGGGACCCUGUUCUGCUUAGCCUUAUGAUGAUGCAGAAAAACGGAUCCUUCGUUUCUAAUGUCAUGGGGGGCGCCGGCACCGGUAGCUGGGCACCAGAACUCCGUGGAAUGCUGUCCAUUGAAUCUGUUAGAAAAGCAGGUGACUUGAAGAGGAAGCGAGACAGUGGCAUUGCUGAUAUGGAUAUUGAUUCUGGUGCCAAAGUUCCUCGACUUGAUAUUGAGGGAGAGGAAACACUAUUACAACCUGAUGACGGUCUAACCCUCGGAGAAGACACUACCUUGAACUUACAACCAGAAAUUCAUGUUCCUGAAGACGAUGAGCAAGCCAACCCCCGCUCUAGAGAUGACCAUUUCAGCGAAGACGAGGGCCUUGGUCAACACCCAGAAGAAUACGAUGAACUUAGCAGCCUGGUUGAGACUGGCCCCAUUUCUCUAGGAACGAAACACGCUGUUCAUGUUCUACGAGAGCAGUUUGGUGAAGCCCCGACCACCGAAUCACCAACAAAGGCCAAAGCUGUCGUUUUCCAAGAUCUGCUUCCCGAACUUCAAACAAGCAAAGCUGAUGCCACUAAGAUGUUUUUCGAAGUCCUUGUCCUUGCAACGAAAGAUGCUGUAAGAGUUGAGCAAAGCAGCAAAGACCUUGGAGGCCGGUUGCGGAUCAAAGCAAAACAAGGCCUCUGGGGUGAUUGGGCAGAAACCGAAGCCGGAGCCUAA